UUCUCUCCGCUCGGCACCAGGGUGUCCGCGGCGCCGCCUGAUCCUGUUAGCGCGGUACUGUGAGUGCAGUCCGUCCUCGGCGCUGUUUUCCCUGACUUGCUGUCGACGCCAGGAAGGAAGGACGCGCGCAGAGGACCGCAGAGGAGUGGCCGUGGCGGAGGGAAGAGAGCCCCGCAGCACUGAAGGUUUGGGCUUGCAGGCGCUGCAGGAGGCGCCCAGGCGGGGUCCUGUUUCUCAGCCGGCUCUGAGCGGGAGGCGUGAGCGGGAAGCAUUGGCGUGCCGCGACUUCCCAGAGCUUGGGGUUCGGCGCUAUGGAGGAGCUCGAUGGCGAGCCAGCAGUCACUGUGAUUCCAGGCGUGAAUUCCAAGAAGAACCAAAUGUGUUUUGACUGGGGUCCAGGGGAGAUGCUGGUGUGUGAAACCUCCUUCAGCAAAAAAGAAAAAUCAGAGAUGGUGCCAAGUUGCCCCUUUAUCUAUAUCAUCCGUAAGGAUGUAGAUGUUUACUCUCAAAUCUUGAGAAAACUCUUCAAUGAAUCCCAUGGAAUCUUUUUGGGCCUCCAGAGAAUUGAUGAAGAGUUGACUGGAAAAUCCAGAAAAUCUCAAUUGGUUCGAGUGAGUAAAAACUACCGAUCAGUCAUAAGAGCAUGUAUGGAGGAAAUGCACCAGGUUGCAAUUACUGCUAAAGAUCCAGCCAGUGGCCGCCAGUUCAGCAGCCAGGUCUCCAUUUUGUCAGCAAUGGAGCUCAUCUGGAACCUGUGUGAGAUUCUUUUUAUUGAAGUGGCCCCGGGUAAGCAUGGAAUAAUCUCACCUUAUAACAUCAUAGGGCCAGGCCUCCUGCUAGUGCUCAUGGGCCCGAUCUCCUCCCAGGUGACCAUCUUGGUGCUGCAGGGCCGGCUGGAUGAGGCCCGACAGAUGCUCUCCAAGGAAGCCGACGCCAGCCCCGCCUCUGCAGGCAUAUGCCGAAUCAUGGGAGACCUGAUGAGGACAAUGCCCAUUCUCAGUCCCGGGAACACCCAGACACUGACAGAGCUGGAGCUGAAGUGGCAGCACUGGCACGAGGAAUGUGAGCGGUAUCUCCAGGACAGCACAUUCGCCACCAACCCUCACCUGGAGUCUCUCUUGAAGAUUAUGCUGGGAGACGAAGCCGCCUUGUUAGAGCAGAAGGAACUUCUGAGUAAUUGGUAUCAUUUCCUAGUGACUCGGCUCUUGUACUCCAAUCCCACAGUAAAACCCAUUGAUCUGCACUACUACGCCCAGUCCAGCCUGGACCUGUUUCUGGGAGGUGAGAGCAGCCCAGAACCCCUGGACAACAUCUUGUUGGCAGCCUUUGAGUUUGACAUCCAUCAAGUGAUCAAAGAGUGCAGCAUCGCCCUGAGCAACUGGUGGUUUGUGGCCCACCUGACAGACCUGCUGGACCACUGCAAGCUCCUCCAGUCACACAACCUCUAUUUCGGUUCCAACAUGAGAGAGUUCCUCCUGCUGGAGUACGCCUCUGGACUGUUCGCUCAUCCCAGCCUGUGGCAGCUGGGGGUGGAUUACUUUGAUUACUGCCCCAAGCUGGGCCGAGUCUCCCUGGAGCUGCACAUUGAGCGGAUACCUCUGAACACUGAGCAGAAAGCCCUCAAGGUGCUGCGAAUCUGUGAGCAGCGGCAGAUGACUGAACAAGUUCGCAGCAUUUGUAAGAUCUUAGCCAUGAAAGCCGUCCGCAACAAUCGCCUGGGUUCUGCCCUCUCUUGGAGCAUCCGUGCUAAGGAUGCCGCCUUUGCCACGCUUGUGUCAGACAGGUUCCUCAGGGAUUACUGUGAGCGAGGCUGCUUUUCUGAUUUGGAUCUCAUUGACAACCUGGGGCCAGCCAUGAUGCUCAGUGACCGACUGACAUUCCUGGGAAAGUAUCGCGAGUUCCACCGUAUGUACGGGGAGAAGCGUUUUGCUGACGCAGCUUCUCUCCUUCUGUCCUUGAUGACGUCUCGGAUUGCCCCUCGGUCUUUCUGGAUGACUCUGCUGACAGAUGCCCUGCCCCUUUUGGAACAAAAACAGGUGAUUUUCUCAGCAGAACAGACUUACGAGUUGAUGCGGUGUCUGGAGGACUUGACGUCAAGAAGACCUGUGCGUGGAGAAUCUGAUAUUCAGCAGCUCCAGGAUGAGGACAUAGAAACCACCAAGGUGGAAAUGCUGAGACUUGCUCUGGCACGAAAUCUUGCUCGGGCAAUUAUAAGAGAAGGCUCACUGGAAGGUUCCUGAGAACUGCUUCAUUGUGGUAUCUUUGUAUGGCAAUGUAUAUAGAUUUUUUAAAGGAAUAAAUGUGUUGCAAAUGUA